AGUCAGUGGGAUGGAAGCAGGGAGACGACGGAGCUGUCAAACCCCAACAAUCGUUUGAAAUAUCAUCAAACGAGCGCAGCAGAAACCCUCCUGUUGCUCCCCUUUGUUGACAUAAUAUCGACACAAGCGGAUUUUCCAUUGAUUUUGGGAUUUCGGCCUCUGGAUAUUUGGACUUUGAAGCCGUCGCCGUGAGCAACUUGUUGUUUUCUGUGCGCGUUUGUUAGGCUCCGAGGCUAAUGUCUUGUUAGCUUCGCUCCAGUUUUGUUGACAAACUAGCCCGUCCGCUAGUCGCAGUUUCUGCCCCGUAGCUGGGUCGUUUGCUAAGAAAUGUCUCCUGGCAGAGGCAUGGGACCCAGCUUGGAGUCUUCUUGUAAACUCUUCAGUGAAAUAAAACCAGGUUUCCAAGGACUGACUGCAUCCCUGUCAAACAUGUGAAGUUCUUAUCAUGCUGGACUUCUCGUUUACAAGCAGCGAUGAACUGGACUCGUUAGAAACUUGGAUUCUUGGCAGAGUUUGUCGAGCGGAACACCCAGAAUAAGAGUCAAAGCUGAAGUCUAUGAGCGUGAUCGGUUUUCUCCCAGGACACGAACUGAAAACGUACUUCGCAGCCGUGAACCCCUCGGCGUCUUCAAAACGAUCUAGUCCUCUUGUCAUGUGGGUUCGUUGUGGAAAAAGGCCCAUAUCACCGUCUUUCACGUCGCCAUGGACCGGAAUAAACGCAACUCUAUUGCCGGGUUUCCUACGUGGCCUGAACGCCUCAGUGACGACCGAGACGGCACUGGAGGGGUAGGAAACUGUGAGAUGGGCCCACCUUCGCAGGUGGGCAGGGUGUGUCCGUCCUCCUACAGAGCCCUCAUCAGUGCCUUCUCUUGUCUGACACGCCUCGAUGACUUCACCUGCGAGUGGAUUGGUUCGGGGUUUUUCUCCGAAGUCUUCAAGGUACGUCACCGAGCCUCAGACCAAGUUAUGGCUCUGAAGAUGAACAAACUCAGCAGCAACAGAGCUAACAUGUUGAGAGAGGUCCAACUAAUGAACCGACUGUGUCAUCCCAACAUUCUCAGGUUUAAGGGAGUGUGCGUCCACGAGGGGCAGCUUCACGCUCUGACAGAGUACAUCAAUGGUGGAAACCUGGAGCAGCUUCUAGACAGCAACAAACACCUGAGCUGGCCCAUGAGGGUGAAGCUAGCCUGCGAUAUCGCCAGCGGCGUGGCUUACCUGCACGCCAAAGGAAUAUUCCACCGGGACCUCACCUCCAAGAACUGCUUAAUCAAAUGUGACGACAACGGCUACACGGCAGUGGUGGGAGACUUCGGCCUGGCUGAGAAGAUCCCCGCUAAUCUUGCUGAAGGAGAGAAGCUGUCGGUGGUGGGUUCUCCUUUCUGGAUGGCUCCGGAGGUCCUGAGGGAUGAGCCCUACAACGAGAAGGCGGACGUGUUCUCCUACGGAAUAAUCCUGUGUGAAAUCAUCGCCAGGAUCCAGGCUGAUCCUGACUUCCUGCCUCGCACAGAGAACUUCGGCUUGGACUAUCACACGUUCCAGCACAUGGUCGGAGACUGUCCGCCCGACUUCCUCCAGCUGGCCUUCAACUGCUGCAACAUGGAUCCCAAACUCCGUCCCUCAUUUCCAGACAUCGUGCGGCAGCUGGAGGAGAUCCUCGCUCGCCUUAAAGUUGCAGAGAUGGAGCACGAGUGCGAGUCGCUCAGCGGGGAAAACGAGAAGAAAACCAUCCCCAAAGGAGAGAAGAUCCAGGGCUUUAAACGGCUGAACCCUCUGGGUUGCCAGAAUGAUAAAAUCCCUCCCAAAUCCCCCCGACCCAGACGCAACAUUUGGCUGAGUCGCAGCCAAUCGGACAUCUUCUCCUGCAAAACAGGAAGGAAAAUCAACGUUCAGGACCCUUACUACAACCCCCCUACCUCUCAGAGGACCAUCAAAACUCGUAAAAUCAACCCUUUCACCGCUCGGGAGGACCUGUGCGGGGGCAAGAUCAAGUUUUACGACGUUCCCAGCAAGUCCGUCUUCUCGCUGGUGUUCGACCUGCACUCGCCUCCGGGGAGCGUCUUCAGCUACCCGGCGUCCGCCCACGGAGCCGGAGGAGCCCAGCAGGAGGCGUCGUUUUACUGGCAGCAGCUGCCGGGAAGGCAGUGUCACUCYUUGCCGGUGUCCCCCCGGCUGCCCCGCUCCGACACGUUCAGCCUCGCAGCGGCCGUUUGCGCCGCCAACAACGGCUCUGUCACCUGCUCGUCCAGCCAGCUGUCCGUCACUCUUCCAGCCACAAACUCCAAGCCCGAGGCGGCCUCGGUACUGAACGACGUCCGACAGAAGGCGGUGCUGAGCGGCUGGGCCAAGAAGUACGUGGUGGUGGAGAUCCCGCCUUUCUGCAGGCAGAGGGGAGGGGACGAAGACGGAGAGGCGGAGGACGGGAGGGCGGAGGAGACGAGCCGGGAGAGCUGGUCUCCCAUGCUCACCGGCAGCGAGACGGACAGCGGCGAGGCCAUGGACUGCUCCGGCAGCCGGGAGGACGAGGAGAAACGGGAGAGAGGAAGAGAUGCGUGCCCCGUGUGAAACACACAAACAAGGAAAGGACUCUGGGUUCAGAGACGGUCAAAGAUUGGAGAAAAAACACGCAAAGAAGGCGCUUGUUUUUUUUUUUAAUCUUUCAAGUGAAUGUAUUACAUUUUGGAUAAAUAUUUGAUUUAGAUAAAUAACUAUUUUUCAAAGCUAUCACCAGGUUUGACCCUCUCCGGUUAGCACAAAAAGCUUUUUACCCUCACUCUGCUUAAAAAUUAUUUUCUGAAAAAUGUUUAUAUUUAAUAUUGUGAGAUGUAGAUUUUUUUUUUCCUUGAAAGUGUCUUGUCUUUGAAAUCCCUUGUGUUGUGUGAGUUUAAAAAUCAGAAGUGUGUUAGAAUAUUUUCCUUGUUUAAUGUAAAAAAAAAGACCAUUUCUUUUCUGAUUAACCAGAUGUUGCAUUGAUAUUUACAUUUAAUUUAAAAUAACUGUUUGUGAAAAACACGCUUGAUGAAUAAAUCUCGACGUUUUCUGGAAACCUCAAGUUUAAAAAAACAAAACAAAAAAGGCAGCAGUUGAACAUUUUAACACUUUAAAUCUGCUUUUUAACAGCAGCAGUGAAUAUGGAGGGGAUAAUUAAAAUUGUUUUGUGAUAUUUGUUCGUUUAGGUCAAAACACAUCAUUUAUUGCACCGUUUUCAUGAACUCUUUAGGGUAUUUUUGCACGUUUUUUGUUAAAACAAUUUUUCACAAUUACUCAAAACAGCAAAGACAAAGAUUACUUUUAAAUUUCAUGUCAGGAUUUAGUAAAAACAAACCUUUAUUUGCAAUUUUUAGUCACAAUAUGGUGAAAAAUGGAUCCAAAGCACAAUUUAUUAUAAAACCUCAAUUUUAAAAUGGUUUGGAAUUAGAUAAAAAUGUAAAUAAAGACAAAAGUAACGAUUUGCAAAUCUAAUAAACUCGUUUUAAUUCCAGUUUUAAGAUAUUAAACUUUCAAAUUCUUAGUAGGCUCAUUAAAACUGUUGAGAAUAAAAUACGAGUUUAUGAAAUUUGCAAAUAAUUUCAUUCGGUUUUUAUUCACAUUGUACUCAACAUAACUGAUUCAGCUUUGGAGUUGUAAUAAAAUCCACCUCACAAAGUGAAACUUCUGCACAAUAAACCUCGUCUUACAAAUAAAACAUAUUUUGWAAAAACAAAAAUUGAGGUUGUGGAUAUUGCAAACAAAUUUAGGCAUCUGAUAAAAGUAAUAGAUUAUGGAAUGUAAUUUUUACAAUGAAUCAUCUCUUGAAACAGUGUUAUAAUAUAAAACAGAUUUGUCUUUGUUUUACUAAACGUCACAGAAUUUUAUGUUUUAUUUCGAGACRUUUGAGCUGAGAUGAAUUUAAAAUGAUGCAAUAUCAAAAAUCCAAACGACGAUUUGUAAAACUCUUCUGUUAACUGAAACUUUAAGAGAAUAAGGAAAGAACUGUUCUAAAUGAAUUUAUUUUUUAUUGAAUGCAGCAGGUUCAAAAUCUUAGAAAAUCUUAAAAAUAUCUCAAACUAAUGUUUAUUUUUUUCCUCUCAGAGGACCGACUGAUGGGUUUUCUGCUCUGUAAGGAGAAUAAAAAUGGUCUGAAAUGAUCAGUAUUUAAUUAAUCCAGUUCUAUGGAGAACAUUUAAAGAAUAAAAAACAGAUUUUCUUUCUUUUAUAUGUGGAAACAUUUAGCUCUACACUCCACUGAAAGGUUUCCUCAUAUUUAAUAUCCGUUUCAUGUUAAGUAUUAAAAGGUUUGAAAUGUUUGACAGAACAGAUCUGUGUACAAACUAACUCAUAAAAACACGUUUUAUAUUGUUUCCUGUUUGCCUGCAGCUCUUCACUUUUUCCUCACAAACCAGAACUUUCUCAUUUUUCUUUAAUAUAUGAUAAAUAAAAGCUCCUGUCACUACUUUUCUAAGCAACUUUUAGCUCCAGGUUUUACAGGAUAAAGUAUCUAAUUUGAUAUUUAUAAAAAUGAUUUGAUGUCUUACCUUUUGUACGUUUUGUGUAAAAGGUUUGUGCCACCUUGCCUGUUGAAUACAAACUGAUUACCUGA